GAUUAAUUGGUUCAGUGCGAAAAGCAUGUGAGAGGCGGAAGGACGCCUUCUACACAGAUCUUAAUAAGCACCACUUAAGUAUGAGGAGAAGACCACCUAAUGGACUGAAGGAUGAAUUAAAAGCUGACCCCACUAAAGGAAAGUGCUGCCCCUUUUCUGCACAGAGAAGUUAGCCUGAGACUUCUCUUCAUUCUCCCAAUGAGCAGACACUAAGGGUCCAAAUCAGAACAUUGUGUCAACGUUUGUGUGAUCUUCUGCCCUUUGUCGAUGGUCAGUUAGACCCAGCAACCACACUGGAGCUCACUGUGAAGUAUAUAAGCUACCUGAUGGAGAGUCUGCCGCCAGAUAUUCUGUAUAAUGUCAAUCUAGCAGUUAAGAAGAAAGUGUGCAGUUUGCGGAAAAACAAAUCACAGAAGAAAAGAAAGACAAUCAGGCUAAAGAGAAAUAUCAUACAGAGAACAAAGCAAGUCAAGAAGUCUAAUAAGGGAAGGAGCACUCAGCAGAUCUGUAAACAAGUAAAUCAGCCAACUAUCACAGUAACCUAUCCUCUGACGAUGAAUCUAGUGCUUCCUCAAGCUGACAGCCUGACCACAGUGCAUGCUCCACCAAUAUUGUUGGACAAAUCGACCGUUCCCCGGGGACAGAUGCUGCCAGUCUGCCAGGAUCAAUUUCUCUCUGCCUCGUUUAAGUUUGUGGAAAAUAACUGGAUAAACCAAGCCUCUGCAUUUACCAACGCCGCUUCAUGUGCUUUCACGUCAUCAGCGAUCAGCCACACUUCUUUACCACAGAUGGGACAAGACCCGUCUUCAAGCCAUAUAUUAUGGGAUGUCACUUCUAGCCAAGUGGAUCCUGUGGCUUACCCAUCAAUUAAUUCUGGUCCAACUUACAGCCCACCUGAACAGAGUGUUGCAACAAAUUUCAUCAUACCUUCGGUAGUGGACAGUCCAACUGAUUCACCUCUGCUUGGCCCAACUGACAGCGUUUCAGUAGAAGAUUUUAUAAACGAACUAUUCACCCCACCAUCAGUAUUUCAAAGUGCAACUUCUGAUGACCUAACCCCUGAAAACGGAUCUCAUCCAGCAUUAGAAGCUCUAUGUGAUCCAACACUUGUCCAGCAGAGCGAUCUCUGCAGCAGUAGCUCUUUGGCUGACGGUCAGUGUGACCUGGUCAGUCCCUUUUGGAUGGAUUUGCUUUUGGAUAGCAGUGAUAACUUUUUCUUCCCUGAUGCUAAUCUUGUAGACCUUGUGCUUUCAGGGUCCACCUAACUAUGUGGUUUUACUUAAUGAAACUAUUAAUGACGUGCUAAAUAAUGCAGCAUAUCUGCAGUUUUGAAAUGCCAACGAUUACAGAAAUAGAUGUGUGUGUGUAUAUAUAUAUAUAAAAAAGAUUUUUUUUUUGGAUUACAUCUCAUAUUUGAAUGACCUAGUUUAGCAUUGUUGUAAUUUGAUUGGGUUUACACACAGUAGGUUAGAAUGCAUUGCAAUACAUGCAUAUUGUAAGCAAAGAGAAAUAAAUACAGAUAAAAUAUUUAGCUCAUAUCAACAGUGCAAGGUCUAUUUGCAGCUUAGUAUGCAGACCUCAUUUAAAUGCAUUUUUUUUUUAAUCAUUUCCAUCUAAUUUAGUUCAAGUCCAUGCAGAUCCUCCUUCUCAAAAUGUUAGAGGGCUUUUCAAAGUAUUAAAAGCACAUAUUUAAUUUUUCAGCAAAACAGUGGAAGGAUUGUUUGAUUUCUGAUCAGUCAUGUAUUUUCAUGUAUUUUCCAUGGGACAAUUUUAAAAGCAUACAUUUCAUAAAUAUUUGUGUUCCACAAAUGGGAAAUCAUUGGAAGAUUGCUAUUUUGUCUUGCAAUUAAAAUAUUUUGUUGAAUUCAGUUCAGAAUAAUAAAUGUAUAUAACCAAUGUUUAUCUUGGAUACAAAUUGUAAAAGCCUACAUUUACUUGGUGCUUUUUUUUUUUUUUU